CUCUCUCUCCACCCCCUUUCAGAGCGUCAUGCCGAGGCAGUUGGUUCGCUCCGCCGUGUCUGGGGCUCAGCGAGAGCUGUGAGAGGCUGUUAUUUAGGUCUGUUACAGCACACAGGGAGCAGCUCACCCAAGGGCAGGGGGAGAAGAGAGAGUCAGAGAGAGAGAGUCAGAGUAACGCUCAGCUCAGCCAGGCAGGAACCAGAUCUGCAUUCCAGCUGAGAGGGAGAGAGGGGAAACUCCAGCAUCGGCAGGAAAGGGCAGCAGAGAGAGUGACAGCCAGAGAUAAGUGGAGGCAGGGAAGGGAAGGUAGCAGAUCCGGCUAGCUGUUGCUGCUGCUGUUUGUUGUUGUCACUGCCUCAGCGAGUGACGUGAGCGCUGGAAGCAGGGCAGGACGCAGGCAGGACUGAGGGCUCUUAGUGAUUUUUGCUGAGGGCGGGGGGGGGGGGUGCCAUGUUUGACUGUAUGGAGGCUCUGGGAAUGGGUCCCCGUCAGCUCUAUGAUGUCACCAGCCGCGGUGCAUGCAUGCUGCGGAAGGCAAGCCCCUUCUUUACCGGGCUGGACCCCUUCGCCUGGACGGGCAGUGCCAGUGUUCAGUCGGUGGAGACCCAGAGCACCAGCUCAGAGGAGAUGUUACCCAGUUCUCCAUCUCCACCUCCCCCACCUCGUGUCUACAAGCCCUGCUUUGUGUGCCAGGACAAGUCCUCGGGGUACCACUACGGGGUCAGCUCCUGUGAGGGCUGCAAGGGUUUCUUUCGUCGCAGUAUCCAGAAGAACAUGGUGUACACCUGCCACCGAGACAAGAACUGUCAGAUUAACAAGGUCACUCGCAACCGCUGCCAGUACUGCAGGCUGCAGAAGUGCUUUGAGGUCGGCAUGUCCAAGGAAGCAUCUUGUUUUUAUUUUUUUAAAGCGGUGCGUAAUGACAGAAACAAGAAGAAGAAGGAUGUGAAGGAGGAGUUGGUGCUUCCAGAGAGCUAUGAGCUAAGCGGAGAGCUAGAGGAGUUGGUCAAUAAAGUCAGCAAAGCUCACCAAGAAACCUUCCCGUCACUUAUCCAAUUGGGCAAAUACCAUACCAACUCUAGCUCAGACACCCGUGUCCAGCUGGAUCUGGGUUUAUGGGACAAGUUCAGUGAGCUCUCCACCAAAUGCAUCAUCAAGAUUGUGGAAUUCGCCAAACGUCUGCCGGGUUUCACCACCCUCACCAUCGCUGACCAGAUCACUCUACUGAAGUCGGCCUGCCUGGAAAUAUUGAUGUUGAGAAUCUGCACACGCUACACCCCAGAACAGGACACUAUGACCUUCUCAGAUGGCCUGACUCUGAACCGGACCCAGAUGCACAACGCUGGCUUCGGACCUCUCACAGACCUGGUGUUUGCCUUCGCUGGCCAGCUUCUACCCCUGGAGAUGGACGACACAGAGACCGGCCUCCUCAGCGCCAUCUGCCUCAUCUGUGGAGACCGUAUGGAUCUAGAGGAGCCACAGAAAGUAGAUAAGCUACAAGAGCCUCUACUUGAAGCUCUGAAGAUCUACGCCCGGCGCCGGCGCCCCAACAAACUCCACAUGUUCCCCCGCAUGCUGAUGAAGAUCACCGACCUCAGGGGCAUCAGCACUAAGGGUGCAGAGAGAGCCAUCACUCUGAAGAUGGAGAUCCCAGGGCCAAUGCCUCCUCUGAUCAGGGAGAUGCUGGAGAACCCAGAGGCUUUUGAAGACCAAACAGAGGGCAAAGAGAGCCCGCCCCCCCCUCCUCUGCCACCACCACCUCCACCGCUCGCCCAGGUGAAGCAGGAGGUCGAGGAUGAGGACGACAGCUGGGCCACAGAGAACGGCAGCGAGCCAUCGCCGGAGGAGGAAGACGAAGACAAUGAUGACGAUGAAGAUCGAGACAGGGGCUCGGACAGUGAUGGGGAGCCCUGGGGGGUUCUGGAUGCCAUCGAUGGGGCGAGGAAAGGCCUUGUUGGGAGGGCGCAGUGAACCAAGCAUUUCAUACAUAUACACAUGCACAUACAGGUUAAAACACAAACAUACAUAGAGACAUACAACACGACCUCACCUACUCUCCACCUCAACAAAAUGCUGGCCCUCCCCCUGUCUCUCCUUACUGCACAUCACUGUGUCCUCCUCAGCGGAGCACAGCAGAGCCUUAUGUGUACAGACACUUCUAACUCAGGCCUCAUGGUCCAUGACAACUGAACUACAGAAAAUAAAGCAAAGGAGAGAUGACAGUAGACCAUAUGAACUCCUGGCCGAGAGGGAAGUUAACGUGACAAUAAGAACAGAAUCUCUUUGAGAAAGCUUAACGCCGUUUUUUUCCCACUAUUGUAGUUUGUAUCUGAAUAGGGGAACGGCCAAACCAGACACCAGAACUGAGCAGUUGAUUCCAAUGGAUUACAACGAGCACAUUUCUGAAAAGACAACAAGAGUACAGGGCAAAACCAAAUCGAGUAUGCUAACCUUUGUUUUUGUGGUUAUUGCUUUUGAAUAUUGUUUUCAGUUUUACUUUUCUUAUUUGUUUCAAUUUAUGAAUAAGUCCAUACAUAUCUAUAUACCAUUAUAUUUUUGCCUUUGUUUGUUAUUUGGUUUUUUAUAUAUGAAUCCUUUUAGACAUUGUUUUCUUUGAAGAGCUUUCCUGAGAAGAUAUUCUUAAGGAAAGAAGGGUAAUCUGAACUGGCUGGGUCUUCCUCAUCAGCUACAUAUGCUUAGCUGGGGCUUUUGGGGGCACUAUGGCUCAAUGUGGAUGUCAAUGAUAAUCAACCCAGAGGACUAUUGUUAUUUUGCAGCGACUUAAUCAGUUUCUGUUAUCAGGGAAUUGGCAUUAUUAUAUUAAGCUCUCAUUGUAGCCGACUUGUGCUGUCAAUGCUGAAAUAAUUUUGUGCCAAAGUUAGGAAAAGUCAUCUUUGGAGCAUGAGUUUGAGUACUGGCAGGGACACCAGCCUUGAUCCAGCAAUCCUCACAGCAGCACGCUCAUUCAAACAUGCACUAACACACCCUGAUAUCACACACACACACAAGCAUACACACACUCCGUUGGCUCUACCCUCAGCUGUAGCAGAUGCGCCGACCUGGCAUCAUCAGAGGUUUACAUUAGACCGUAUAUGUAGCACUUUUGUGAGCCUCAAUUCAAUGAAAGGCACAUCCUGUCCACUGAGAGUGAACUGUCUGUGAGCUUACAAUAUUUCCAUUAGCAUGUCCAAACUGAUGACAACAUCAACACACAGAAUACAAUCAAACUUAGAGCACUCCCCAAUGAUGUCAAUAGAAGAAUGCACACUUACAGCACGGAGAAAAAAACAUCCAGUAGCAACAUCAUGCAUCAACACAACGAACAAAAACAUAUGCAAGACAAAAAAAGCAGGAAUCUUUAUGGAAGACAUUUUGGAAUCAGACUCAGGGCUUUUCAGUAAGGACCAAACCCUAGCUGCUUUCAGCAAGCUAGAAAAAGGCAAUAUUUAUGUGUGUAUUCUUGACUCUGUUUUGAUCAGCUCAACCCCUCAUUACAUUGAAGGUGACUAGUCUGAGCAACAGCAUGGAUGCCAGCGUGACUCUCCCAGAGGGGGACGAAUCAUCAUGGUCAUCAUCACUGCCCCGCCGGUGCUCGCGCUGGCUUCCAUGCAAACAAACUGCCUUCUCAUCCCAAAAGCCAUUAUAUCAUCUUGUCUUCUUGUGUAUAUCGUCAACUCUUUUUAAAGAAGCUAUGGAGGAUUACGAGUUCUCAUGUAUCCUUUCUUUAUUGCCAAAAUGUCUCAGUAGGCGAUCAGCUGUGGGAGCUUGGCUGCUUUACAGCGCAGAGGGUUUUUUCUGUCUCUCUUUGAAGCAAUAUGAACAUUCUUUCUGUAGCAGUGAGAGAUCCCAUUUUCUGAAUAUGUGCAGGUCUCCUCAGUGUGUGUAUGUCUGCGUGCGUGCGUGUGUGAAUGCUUUAACAUGUUGUGAGUCAUUGUGUGAAUGUCUUCAGCACGGUGCUGUCCCACAGAAGAUCUUUUGUGAUGACCUCAUCCCUUUUCUCUCUCUUCUCUCUCUCUCUCUCUCCUCUCUCUCUCUCUCUCUCUCUCUCUCUCUCUCUCUCUCUCCUCUCUCUCUCCUCUCUCUCUCUCUCUUUCUCUCUCUCUCUCUCUCUGCUAACCUGUCAUGAUGUCAAUGAUGGUAAUUCAGGCAGAACAUUGAGAUGAUGUUGUUUCAUGUUUUUUGUUUUUCAACAUGGCCAAGGUGUUGUCUACCCUCUGUUUAUGUCAACUCUUGUCAUACAAAGAAAAGCCAUAUAAACAGUAAGGCACAAUAAACUACUUUUGCGAGAUUA